GCGUUUUCUCUUCUCCUUCCUCCCAUCCUCCACGAAGAAGGCGAGUUCUCACUGAGUCACUAACGAGGUGGUGGAAUACAAAUCACAACAACUAAGUUGAAUUAAGAGAGUUCAUAGAAAAGUCUCCUCUCCUCCUUAUUUAUAAAAGCCUUCAACCUCACACUCUUCAUCUGCACAAGUUACAACCAAAUCACGUAAGCUAGAGAGAGGAAGCACACACACUCUGUGUACAUAUAGCACAGAGAGAGAGAGAGAGAGAGAGGGACGGAGAUUCUGUAGGUUGGAGUAGAAAUGACGGGCACGGGUCACGGUAACGCUGGCGGGCAAUUUCCUGAUUUCCCGGCGGUUCCGACUCACGGCGGUCAGUUCAUUCAGUACAACAUAUUUGGGAAUCUAUUUGAGGUCACAGCCAAGUAUAGGCCUCCGAUCAUGCCAAUAGGUCGCGGCGCCUACGGUAUCGUCUGCUCGUUGACGAACACGGAGACGCAGGAGAUGGUAGCGGUUAAGAGGAUAGCGAACGCUUUCGAUAAUCACAUGGAUGCUAAGCGGACGCUUCGCGAGAUUAAGCUUCUUCUACAUUUUGAUCACGAAAAUGUUAUAUCUAUACGUGAUGUGAUUCCUCCACCUUUGAGGAAAGAAUUUACUGAUGUCUAUAUUGCCAUGGAACUCAUGGAUACUGAUCUUCACCAAAUAAUUCAAUCCAAUCAGGGUUUAUCAGAGGAACAUUGUCAGUACUUUCUGUAUCAGCUUCUUCGAGGACUGAAAUAUAUACACUCAGCAAGUGUUAUUCAUAGAGAUUUAAAACCCAGCAAUCUUUUGCUGAAUGCAAAUUGUGAUUUGAAGAUUUGUGAUUUUGGCCUAGCUCGGCACACUUCUGAAUAUGAUUUCAUGACUGAAUAUGUUGUCACAAGAUGGUAUAGAGCACCUGAGCUGUUGCUCAACUCUUCGGAGUAUACUGCUGCAAUAGAUGUGUGGUCUGCAGGUUGCAUCUUUAUGGAACUUAUGAACAGAAAGCCGUUGUUUCCAGGGAAAGAUCAUAUGCACCAGAUGCGCUUACUGACCGAGCUUCUUGGCACACCAACCGAAUCUGACCUUGAAUUUGUUCGGAACGAGGAAGCAAGAAACUACAUUCGCCAAUUCAAUCCACAUCCUCGACAGCCCUUACACAAGGUUUUCCAACAUGUUAAUCCAUUGGCUAUUGACCUUGUUGAUAGAAUGUUGACAUUCGAUCCUACUAAAAGGAUUACUGUUGAAGAAGCGCUAGCUCAUCCAUAUCUUUCAAGACUACAUGAUGUAGACGAUGAACCUGUCUGCCUUGAGCCAUUCUCCUUCGAUUUUGAGAACCAAACCUUGGGAGAAGAGCAGAUGAAGGACAUGAUAUACAAGGAGGCAUUGAGAAUCAAUCCAGAAUAUGCAUGAUACAAGUACAAUUUUGAUGCUUUGCUAUGGUCAUUGUUUUACUAGUCUCUCAGUCGUAACUGUUGUUUGAUUACAUUGGGAAAAUUGGGAGUAGGUCAAUUUUCUUAAUGGGUAAUUUCGAUUGUUCGUUCCUAACCGUGCUGCCAGGACCAUCAACUGUAUAAGAUCUCCAAAUUAAUUCCUAUGGGGACAGUCCUUAGCUAGCCAAACAAGACCUUCAUCUUCUUGAGACUUCUCUCCUAGUAUACUCUUUCAUAAUGUCUAUUAUUUUAAAUGUCUGUUAAUUUAAAAUUUUUUCUGGAUGUUAUAAUAUAUCCUUCUACAGUGGAUCUAAUGGUUUCCAUUACAAUA